CUCUUUGUCAUUUGAGGCUCCAAUGUGGUGCCAUGAAGGUUUUUGUCACGUUUGGGAGGAUUGUUAUAAGCUUAACUUGUCUGCUUCAAACUAUUGGGAAAACAUCUGCUUUGAGGUGCUUUUCUUGUAACGGAACGGAAAGCUGUACAAACACCGAGGAGUGCCCASUAGACGCAGAUAAAGGGUAUAGCUGUUUUAAGACUACAACUAUUCAGGAACAAGCAGGCGUCAUAACUGCAGUGACAUUCAGUGGGUGUCAGCGUAGUGAGCGGUGCAAACAAGCACCAAACCCUCUUUGCAUCGCCAAAAAAAACUGUAUCACAACAUGUUGCACAACAAAUAAAUGCAAUGGUAACCAAGCUACGAGAAAUGGAGUGUAUCCGAAAUGCUACGAAUGCCUAUCUGACGUCUCAUUCGAAAGAUGCCAGGAUCGCUCCUCGUUAAAAACAUGCAAGCAAAACUCAGGAAAAGCGUAUUGCUUUAAAGGAAACAUCGUCAUGAUUUCGUACACAGGCAGAUCGAAACUUGGUUACACCAAGGGAUGCACUGACUCGCUUCAAGCCUGCCAGGGUCUUCGUGAUUCUUUCUGCAAAGAAAAGAGCGAACAAGACUGUAAAGUUUACUGUUGUGAAGGCGAUGCUUGUAAUGGAGGAUCUCCCAUAGAAACAAUUAACUUUUUGUAUGYUGUAAUUUGCACAUUUUGCGCUAUGCUUCUUGUCGGUUUCUAAACUUUACAAYGUAAAAGAGAAAUGGGAGGAGAUGUCACGAUUGUCUUAUAGAGGAGAGGAGAGGAGGGAGGAGGGGAUUGUUCUCUAUUCUUCCCAUCUAAAAUUGUUGCUUAAUUGUAGGAACUACUGCACACAUGUGCAAGAAAGAUUGAGAUUCGAUUUCUGUCACGAACGUUUAUGCGUCGUGAUUCAUCUAACUUUGUGUGGCCUUUAGACUCUUGAGAUUCUUAGCAUAUUUAGAAUAAGUAGAAAUGUCAGCACAGUGAUAACAAAAUACAACAGCUUUUCUGAUUGGUCAGACGUUGCGGUCUCCCAGAGCGCUGUCCAACAUCAAAGAUUGUGUUACCCAUGUGAAUAAAGAAGCUUACAAAUAGUACGCAAGCUGUKAUUGGUUAACUCAUGACAUGUUGAAACUGGAGACUUUAGAGC